AUAUAGCCAUGGUAGCGGUGAACAGAAACUAGGUGGACUGGAUUGGGAUCUUGACGCCAAAUCAGGAUGAGCAAUUCCAAAGAGCCUGAUAUCAAGCAAGGAAGGAAUUUCACCAAGCUGCUGGAUGAGAUGGAAAAAGCCCAUCAAGAUGACAUUAAACUUUAUACCAGAGGACACUUGAACCACAAUAAUCUUUAUAAGCCUGCUUUCAAUGUCUCCCAGGGAUUCUGGGCCAGUGCCAAGAGAUCCGCACCAGCAGAACCAGGAAGAACGUCUGUGAGAGAAAAAAACGUUGGGAAGAUGAAAGACGCGUUGUGUGACUUCACUCUGAACACAGCUCUGAUUUCAGGCGGCCCCAAGUCGACACCCAGCUUCAAGGAAUUGUACACUCACACAAGACUUCCUAGGAUCUUGCCUCAGGCCGAUGUUUCAUUUUCUGUGUCUAGCCUGGAAGCCUAUCGCAGAGAAUUGGACAGGUCUGGUCAGUAUCCCAAGAGGGAAGAGAUAGACCCUUUAGAACUGAAAGUUCUGAGGUACAAGAUCCCGAAGAACAGUCGCCAGUGCUUAAAUAUGGCUAAAGCCAAGGACGAAUAUCAAUUUAUUAGGUCACACUUGGCCGCGGAGACGAAAACGGACCAGUUUAAGAGGUUUUUGCAUUUCGAGAGAGACGUUUUGGUAAAGCAGGAUCUUCGGGACAACGAUUUCAUUGGGGCCAAAGCAGCUUUAUGUCAUGAAAAGAAGCUACAGCAGGAACUCCAGAAAAUCCAUGACAGUGAUCAUCAGCCGUCCAUCAGGCUGCAGAUCUUUGCGGAUGUAUUUGAGGACAUCUGCAAUGGCUCCUAUAUAUUUGGUGAUAUUCUGAAGGAAAUUAAGAAUGAAUAUGAACUCUACAUGGCCACACUUCUGGAUUCCCAGCCAAUAUCACUCUACCAGGAGCUGUUGGUCCAGGCGAAGGGGAUGGAAAAAAGACCCGUGAAGGCUUCAGAUUUAGAAGAGGCCAAGCAAGAUGUUAAAAGGCUUGUACAAGAGGCCAAAGCUGCUUUGGAGAAAAAUGAACAGCUGAGAAAUGAUUUGGAGAUAAAACUGAAGAAACAGUCUGCUGACAGUGAGUCAGAUGCCUUGAGCAAGGACUUUGGCCAAAAAGCAGAUGAAGGAAAGCAGCUUACCUUUUCUGAAAAGGUCGAAGAGAAGAGGCGUGAAGUGCUUCUGAAAUGGGAGGAAAUCCACGCCCUAGAACGAGAGAUUAAAAGUACCAUGACUCACACUGGGAUCUCAAACAUCAUCGAGCAGAGUUUGAAGAGCAUAGAGACCGAAAUAAUGAAAUUUGAGGCAAUCAAUGGAAUUUUAAAGAGAAAAUCAAAUGAUCUUGAGAGUAUCAUUACAAAUGCUUUAAACAAGCAUAAAGUCAGCCAAGAAGAUCAGGAGAAGAUGUGGAAUUUACUAGAGACCUCCGUAACCCCUGAAAAUGGAACAAUGGAAAGUGUCCUUGAUUAGUUGGAAAAAUAGACCUUGAGAUCAUCUGGAGCACCUGGGUUUGCGCUCUUCAAGAUUUUAGCCAUGCAAAUCGAAUCCUAAUGUGCCAGUCAUCUUAAAACCAAACCCAAUAUGAAAAUUCAGCUGGGAAC